AUGGCACCCAAAAACAUCAUCCUUAGUCUAUUCUUGACAUUCGUUUCCUCUCAAUUUUACAUUCCAGCUGCACAAAGUUGGGUUCGAUCCGGUUACUGGUUAGCGGGCAGCGUCAUCCCUGCCACUCAGAUAAAUGCAGCAUUGUUCACACACCUUAUCUGUGGAUUUGCUGAAGUAGACAACUCCACAUACCAACUCUUCAUCCCUCCAAAUUAUGCACAAAACUUCACCACCUUCGCCUCGAAAGUUAAACUCAAAAACCCUUCUGUUACAACACUAAUGUCUAUAUGGAAUGGACAAGCCAGUACUGGUCAAUCCAUUAGUGGUGACAAGGUUAACACUUCCCUAUUGUCUUCCAUGGUAGCAAAGCCAUCUUAUCGGAAGUCCUUUAUUGAUUCAUCGAUAAAACUAGCUAGGCUUCAUGGGUUUGAAGGCGUGGACUUGUUUUGGCUAUGGCCUAACAGUACAGACUUGUCAAGUAUUGGAGUUCUGUUAGAUGAGUGGAGAGCUGCUAUUGCUUCUGAGGCAAGAUAUUCUAAUGAAUCAGAAUUGGUAUUGACAAUGGCGGUACGUUACUCGCCAAGUCUUGAUUCAGUGAGUUAUCCGAUACAUAUGAUUAGGAAGAACUUAGAUUGGGCACAUUUGGUGGCAUAUGACUACCAUACACCUUUGAAGGAGAAUUUUACGGGCAACAAUGCUGCUCUGUAUGAUCCUACAAGCAAUGUGACCACUGAUUUUGGUUUAAAGCAAUGGUUGCGUAUGGGAAUGCCUGCUAACAAGCUGGUUUUGGGUUUGCCUUAUCACGGCUACGCGUGGACUCUGACGGACCCAUAUAACGAUCCUCUUGGUGCACCAUCCUCUGGUCCUGGAGCACCAUCCUCUGGUCCUCUUACUACACUAGAUGGCUCUAUGGGUUACAAGUUCAUCAAAUCAUUCAUUGGUGAUGGAGCGAAGGCGGUUUAUAAUCAAACUUAUGUAGUGAAUUACUUCAUUUUUGGGUCAACUUGGAUAAACUUUGAUGAUGUGGAGACUGUAAAAGCCAAGAUUUCUUAUGCAAAGGAGAAGGGGCUUAUUGGUUACAAUGCGUUUACGGUCAUCAAUGAUGGUAAUUGGGCACUCUCUCUGGCAGCUCUAGAAGCCUCAAAUCGCAGAAGCAAGCGACACUUAUUGCUAAUCAUUCUGCUUCCAAUUGCUGUCAUUGUAAUCCUAUCAGUCUCCGUAGCGUGCUAUAUCCGAAGCAGCAUAUUCAAGCGAAAAGGGGAUGCAGGAAAAAGAUCUCUGGGCAAUAUUGGCAGUGAUGUAUCAGCAGGCAUGGAACAUCUUGACAGUGAUGCUCCUAAUCUGCAAGUGUAUAGUUUUUCUCAAAUUGAAGCAGCUACUGAUAACUUCUCAAAUGCAAACAAGCUCGGCGAGGGUGGCUACGGCCCUGUCUACAAGGGUAAAUUACGUUCGGGACAGGAAAUAGCUGUGAAGAGACUUUCAACAUCAUCUACUCAAGGACUAGAGGAGUUCAAAAAUGAGGUUUCACUCACAGCAAGACUUCAACAUGUAAAUCUUAUUCGAGUAGUGGGAUUUUGCUGUGAGAGAGACGAAAAUAUGUUGGUUUAUCGGCACAUGCCUAAUAGAAGCUUGGAUUGCUACUUGUUUGAUCCAAUCAAGCGACAUGAAUUGGAUUGGAGCAAGCGCGUGCGCAUCAUUGAAGGAGUUAUUCAAGGGCUUCUAUAUCUCCAAGAGUACUCGAAUUUUACUAUAAUUCAUCGUGAUCUAAAGUCCAGUAACAUAUUACUGGAUGAAGAAAUGAAAGCAAAGAUAUCAGAUUUUGGGAUGGCUAAACUUUUCAGAAAAGAUACAAAGGAAGCAAACACUGACCGGAUCGUUGGGACAUAUGGCUUUGUUCCUCCUGAAUAUGUGAAGAAAGGUAUAUACUCCACGAAGUAUGACGUUUAUAGCUUCGGAGUUCUGCUUCUGCAGAUCGUAAGUGGCAAAAAGACUACAUGUUUAUAUGGUGUUCAUGAAAAUUUGAACCUUCUUGAUUAUGCAUAUGAGUUGUGGAUGGACGGGAGGGGCAAGGAGUUCAUCGAUCCAUCAAUGGAUGAUUCGUCUUCACCUUGUAAACUCAUGACAUGUAUGCUAGUAGCACUGUUAUGUGUCCAAGAAAAACCAGAGGAUAGACCUUCAAUGUUGGAAGUCUUUUCGAUGAUUAAAAGCGAUAUAUCCGCUCUUCCCACCCCUCGAGUGCCAGCAUUUUCAGUGAAAAAGAAAGAAAGUAAUGCCAGUGGUUCCUCAAACAAGCAAGGAACUCAUUCAUAUAAUUCUUGCCAACUUUCCCAGUUGGGUGUGGGUGCUGCUUCUAUCUGUGACUGGUGCCAAGGAUGUGUGGUUGUAGUUCAUGUUUCUAGAUUCGGUCGUUACUGUCGAGUAUUUGCAACGCACUCCAGGUGUUCGACGAAUGGCCUGACUGAAGUGCAUCAGUAUGGCUUGGUAAACAAAGAGUGA